CUCUCUCUCUCCCCUAGGGUUUCAGACUUUCAGGCUUCUAAAUAUGUAAGUGUAAGCUAUCCUCUCCGCUCUCCGUUUCAUUCAAGUCCACAUUGUCCGUAUAUCCACAGAGAUGCAUGUGUGUUGAUUUGUUCGGUAAUGUAGAUGUUUAUGUAAAUUGAUUACGAUGCCAGAUUCAGUAGCUUAACUUCUUCUCUACUGGUGUCUGGUAACGGAGGUGCUUUGGUUCUGAAAUUCUGGUUGGGGUUUAAACAAUGUCGGGCUCUGAGCAGUCCCCGCAGCUGCAACGGCGAAUCACGCGGACACAGACUGCGGGGAAUAUUGGAGAGUCGAUAUUUGACAGUGAGGUGGUGCCGUCUUCCCUUGUUGAGAUAGCCCCAAUUCUCCGUGUGGCCAAUGAAGUUGAAUCGAGCAACCCAAGAGUCGCUUAUCUCUGCCGAUUUUAUGCCUUUGAGAAGGCGCACAGAUUGGAUCCCACUUCUAGUGGUCGAGGUGUUCGUCAAUUUAAAACUGCCCUCCUUCAACGCCUUGAAAGGGAGAAUGAUCCAACAUUAAUUGGAAGGGUUAAGAAAAGUGAUGCACGAGAGAUGCAGAGUUUUUAUCAACAUUACUACAAGAAAUAUAUUCAGGCGUUGCAAAAUGCUGCAGAUAAAGCUGAUCGUGCACAACUUACUAAGGCAUACCAAACAGCAAAUGUUCUCUUUGAGGUGUUGAAGGCAGUCAACAUGAAUCAGUCUAUUGAAGUUGAUCGUGAGAUAUUGGAAGCCCAGGAUAAAGUUGCAGAAAAGACACAGAUCUAUGUCCCUUACAACAUCCUUCCUCUUGAUCCUGAUAGUGCAAAUCAGGCAAUUAUGAGAUAUCCUGAGAUCCAAGCAGCUGUAGUUGCACUUCGUAAUACCAGGGGUCUUCCAUGGCCCAAGGACUACAAGAAGAAAAAAGACGAAGACAUUUUAGAUUGGCUCCAAUCAAUGUUUGGAUUUCAGAAGGAUAAUGUGGCGAAUCAAAGAGAGCACUUAAUCUUGUUACUCGCAAAUGUGCACAUACGACAAUUUCCAAAGCCUGACCAACAACCCAAGUUGGAUGAUCGUGCAUUGACAGAAGUGAUGAAGAAACUUUUCAAGAAUUACAAAAAAUGGUGCAAGUACUUGGAUCGAAAAAGUAGUCUUUGGCUACCAACAAUACAGCAGGAAGUCCAACAACGUAAAUUGCUAUAUAUGGGUCUUUAUCUACUUAUAUGGGGGGAAGCUGCGAACUUGAGAUUUAUGCCUGAAUGCCUUUGCUAUAUUUACCAUCAUAUGGCGUUUGAGCUGUAUGGUAUGCUAGCUGGGAAUGUCAGUCCCAUGACAGGAGAGAAUGUGAAACCUGCUUAUGGAGGUGAAGAAGAGGCUUUCUUGAGGAAAGUUGUAGCUCCUAUAUAUGAUGUUAUUGCAAGAGAAGCUGAAAGGAGCAAACUAGGAAGGUCAAAGCAUUCCCAGUGGAGGAACUAUGAUGAUUUAAAUGAAUAUUUCUGGUCAGUUGAUUGUUUCCGAUUAGGUUGGCCAAUGCGGGCAGAUGCUGAUUUCUUUUGUCUGCCUGUUGAAAUGCUCCAUGACAAGAAUGGGGAUAGCAAACCUGCUUUCAGAGAUAGAUGGGUUGGGAAAGUGAAUUUUGUGGAGAUACGCACUUUCUGGCAUAUCUUUAGAAGCUUUGAUCGUAUGUGGAGUUUUUUAAUUCUCUGCUUUCAGGCAAUGACUAUUGUUGCUUGGAAUGGCUCUGGGCAACCAAGUGCAAUCUUUAAUGCUAAUGUAUUCAAGAAAGUAUUAAGUGUAUUUAUAACUGCUGCAAUAUUAAAGCUUGGCCAAGCUUUCCUUGAUGUAAUCCUUAAUUGGAAAGCGCAGCGACUUAUGUCGUUCCAUGUUAAGUUAAGAUACAUCUUGAAGGUUGUUUCAGCUGCUGCGUGGGUGGUAAUUUUACCAGUCACUUAUGCUUAUACUUGGGAGAAUCCUCCAGGAAUUGCUCAAACUAUCAAAAGUUGGUUUGGCAGUAGUUCAAGUUCACCUUCAUGGUUUAUUUUGGCUAUUGUAAUCUACUUGUCACCAAAUAUGCUUGCUGCGGUAUUAUUUCUUUUCCCCUUCAUUCGGCGAUUUCUUGAGGGAUCAGACUUGAGGAUUGUGAUGUUCACAAUGUGGUGGUCACAGCCACGGCUGUAUGUCGGAAGGGGAAUGCAUGAGAGCACGCUUUCUCUAAUAAAGUAUACAACGUUUUGGGUUCUUCUAAUGGUAACAAAGUUGGCUUUCAGUUACUAUCUAGAGAUAAAGCCAUUAGUUGGUCCAACAAAAGCUAUCAUGAAAGUUCAUAUAACUGAUUUCCAGUGGCAUGAAUUCUUUCCCCGUGCUAGGAACAAUAUUGGCGUUGUGAUUGCACUCUGGGCUCCAAUUGUUCUUGUUUAUUUUAUGGAUACUCAGAUAUGGUAUGCCAUAUAUUCAACGAUAUUUGGAGGAAUUUAUGGUGCAUUUCGUCGUCUUGGAGAGAUACGAACAUUGGGAAUGCUUAGAUCUCGUUUUCAGUCAUUGCCCGGUGCUUUUAAUGCCCGUUUGAUUCCAUCUGAGAAAAGUGAUUCAAAGAAGAAAGGAAUCAAGGCCAGGUUUUCACACAAAUUUGAGCUUCCAAUUAAUAAUGGGGUGGGGGCUGCAAGAUUUGCACAGUUGUGGAAUAAAAUUAUUACAAGUUUUAGAGAGGAAGAUCUCAUAAGCAAUAGGGAAAUGGAUUUGUUACUUGUUCCCUAUUGGGCUGAUCGUGAUCUUGAACUUAUGCAGUGGCCUCCUUUUUUACUUGCGAGCAAGAUCCCAAUAGCAUUAGACAUGGCCAAGGACAGUAAUGGCAAAGAUAAGGAGCUGAGAAAGAGAAUUGAGGCUGAUGAUUACAUGUCAUGUGCUGUAUGUGAAUGCUAUGCUUCAUUCAAGAAUAUCAUCAACUUCUUGGUUCAAGGGAACCGUGAAAAACAGGUCAUUGAGUACAUAUUUUCUGAAGUAAAAAAACGUAUAGACGAAGGCAAUCUUCUGAGUGAAUACAAGAUGAGUGCUCUCCCUAGCCUUUAUGACCACUUUGUCAAGCUCAUAAAAAUUCUGUCAGCUAAUAAACAAGAGGACAGGGAUCAAGUAGUUAUUCUUUUCCAAGACAUGCUUGAGGUUGUGACUAGAGACAUUAUGAUGGAGGACCAAAUAUCUGGUUUGGUAGAUUCUAGCCAUGGUGGAUAUGGACAUGAGGGGAUAAUCCCCCUGGAACAACAGCUUUUUGCAUCUUCUGGAGCUAUUAGCUUCCCAAUUUCUACAGUGACAGAAGCUUGGAAGGAGAAGAUAAAACGUCUUGAGCUACUGCUUACAACAAAGGAAUCUGCCAUGGAUGUUCCAUCGAACUUAGAAGCCAGGAGGCGAAUUUCUUUCUUCUCAAAUUCAUUAUUUAUGGAAAUGCCUGAGGCGCCUAAAGUCCGCAAUAUGCUUUCAUUCUCUGUAUUGACUCCAUACUACACUGAAGAGGUUCUCUUCUCCUUGAGUGAAUUGGAAGCGGAAAAUGAAGAUGGUGUUUCAAUCCUCUUUUAUUUGCAAAAAAUCUUCCCAGAUGAGUGGAAAAAUUUUCUUGAGCGAGUAAACUGUAAAAAUGAAGAAGAACUUAGAGAAAGGGAUGAAUUAGAGGAAGAGCUUCGUCUAUGGGCAUCAAAUAGGGGCCAAACUUUGACCAGAACAGUAAGAGGUAUGAUGUACUAUCGAAAGGCUUUGGAGCUUCAGGCUUUCCUUGAUAUGGCCAGGGAUGAAGAUUUGUUGGAAGGUUAUAAGGCCUUGGAAUUAAAUUCUGAGGAUAACUCAAAAGGGGACAGGUCACUGUUGACACAGUGUCAAGCAGUUGCUGACAUGAAAUUUACAUAUGUGGUGUCAUGCCAGCUUUAUGGCAUUCACAAGCGUUCUGGCGAUGCUCGAGCACAGGACAUUCUGAGGCUUCUGACAACAUACCCAUCCCUCCGUGUUGCAUACAUAGAUGAAGUCGAAGAAACUAGCAAAGACAGGUCCAAAAAAGUCAACCAAAAGGUUUAUUAUUCUACUCUUGUGAAGGCUGCUCUUCCAAAAUCUGCCAGUUCUUCAGAUCCAGUGCAAAAUUUGGAUCAGGUUAUCUAUCGAAUAAAACUUCCAGGUCCAGCAAUCUUGGGUGAGGGAAAACCAGAAAAUCAGAACCAUGCCAUCAUUUUCACACGAGGAGAAGGCUUGCAAACAAUAGAUAUGAACCAGGAUAAUUAUAUGGAGGAAGCCCUAAAAAUGAGGAACCUGUUACAAGAAUUUCUUAAAAAGCAUGAUGGAGUGAGGUAUCCUUCAAUACUUGGUCUUAGGGAGCAUAUAUUCACGGGAAGUGUCUCUUCUCUUGCAUGGUUUAUGUCAAACCAGGAGACAAGUUUUGUGACUAUUGGUCAGAGACUGUUGGCCAACCCUCUGAAGGUUCGUUUCCAUUAUGGGCAUCCUGAUGUUUUUGAGAGGCUCUUCCACCUCACUAGAGGAGGUGUUUGUAAAGCAUCCAAGGUUAUCAAUUUGAGUGAAGAUAUAUUUGCUGGGUUCAAUUCUACACUCCGUGAGGGUAAUGUUACUCACCAUGAAUACAUACAAGUCGGGAAGGGCAGAGAUGUGGGUCUCAAUCAGAUAUCUAUGUUUGAGGCGAAAAUUGCUAAUGGAAAUGGAGAACAAACACUGAGUCGAGAUAUAUACAGACUUGGUCACCGUUUCGACUUCUUCAGAAUGUUGUCCUGCUAUUUCACAACAAUUGGUUUCUACUUCAGUACUCUGAUUACUGUCCUCACUGUGUAUGUGUUCCUUUAUGGCCGCCUGUAUCUCGUUCUUAGUGGUCUCGAAGAAGGGUUGUAUAAUCAGCCUGCGAUUCGGGACAAUAAGGCUCUUCAAGUAGCUCUUGCUUCUCAAUCUUUUGUUCAAAUAGGAUUUUUGAUGGCCUUGCCUAUGUUGAUGGAAAUUGGCCUGGAAAGAGGCUUCCGAACUGCGCUUAGUGAAUUUGUAUUGAUGCAGUUACAACUGGCGCCAGUGUUUUUCACAUUUUCUCUCGGAACAAAAACUCACUAUUAUGGAAGGACAUUACUUCAUGGAGGCGCAAAAUAUAGGCCUACAGGUCGAGGGUUUGUGGUCUUUCAUGCAAAGUUUGCUGAUAACUAUAGGCUUUACUCCCGUAGCCACUUCGUGAAGGGUAUUGAAAUGACGAUUCUACUUAUUGUGUAUCAAAUUUUUGGCCAGCCUUAUCGAAGUGCAGUUGCAUAUGUCUUGAUCACCAUAUCCAUGUGGUUUAUGGUGGGAACCUGGCUUUUUGCUCCCUUCGUGUUCAAUCCUUCUGGUUUUGAGUGGCAGAAGAUUGUUGAUGAUUGGACUGACUGGAACAAGUGGAUAAGUAACCGGGGUGGUAUAGGUGUGCCACCAGAAAAAAGUUGGGAAUCUUGGUGGGAGGAAGAACAAGAACAUCUGCGUUACUCUGGGAAACGUGGUAUUAUAACUGAGAUAUUGUUGUCUCUAAGAUUCUUUAUCUAUCAGUAUGGGCUCGUAUAUCAUCUAAAGAUAGCCAAAAACACCAAAAGUUUUCUGGUGUAUGGAGUAUCAUGGCUGGUUAUCUUCCUAAUAUUGUUUGUGAUGAAGACGGUGUCUGUUGGAAGGCGAAAAUUUAGUGCAAGUUUUCAACUCGUGUUCCGGCUGAUCAAGGGAAUGAUAUUCUUGACUUUUGUCUCCAUUCUUGUUACAUUGAUUGCACUUCCACAUAUGACGGUACAGGACGUCAUCGUGUGCAUUCUAGCUUUCAUGCCAACUGGUUGGGGGAUGCUUAUGAUUGCACAAGCUUGCAAGCCUAUUGUUCAGCGUGCCGGGUUUUGGGGAUCUGUUCGGACCCUGGCACGAGGUUAUGAGAUUGCUAUGGGUUUGCUUCUUUUCACCCCAGUAGCAUUCCUGGCCUGGUUUCCAUUUGUUUCUGAAUUCCAGACUCGCAUGCUGUUCAAUCAAGCUUUCAGCAGAGGUUUGCAGAUUUCUCGUAUCCUCGGAGGCCAAAGGAAGGAUCGGUCUUCUCGUAACAAGGAGUAAUGUCGAUGAUGGUGAGGUUUGAUGAUAUCUUGUAACAAAUUGUAAUUAUUAUUAUUAUUAUUAUGCAUACUAUAGGGGGAGCAUUUUUAUUCAGAUUGGCUGUUGGUAUGGCCAUCCCCCCAAUUUCUUAUCUACGAAUGCAGAACCUAGUCGAAGUUACCACUUUAUGAGCAUUUAAUUUGGAGAAACCGAUGUCUUUAAUGCUAA